AUGCAGAAGCCGCGGUUUGACCUAUCGGAUCUGUCUAUCCCGAGCUCGUUGAAGAAGUGCAAAGAGUUUCUGCCACAGCUUCUGGAAUCCAACGCUGCUCUGGCUCGUAAGAUAUCGGAAGGGGAUUCUAGUCACGUUGUUGAUGCCGAAAUGCGAGUCUACCGCGGGAGUCACAGCCCUGACCACGUCACUGACGAACAAGAGGAAGGCAAAAUAGUUCUAGACGUGGGCGUUGGAGUUUUCGACGUGAACAGUUUGCCAACUAAUGAUGAAAGCCUUAAGGCUUCUGGAGUAACUACUGUUACCCUGGACCCGCGCAGCGAGGUAUUUAGAGCGGAUGAGCCGUUGAUUACGGAGGUGGAACGGCCCGGGAACAGUGUUUCACUUUCUUCUCCUUUUGUCUCGUGCUACACCGUCAAGCGCCUCCGCGGCAAGGACGAAUGCCUAUGGAUUCGCCAAACAGUUCGGAGCUACUUCCAUAUGAUGAUGCAGUGGGAGUCUAGACUCGCGGAGGCUUUCCUGUGCUCCGACACUCAAAAAAUCGGCAUCAUUCAGGGUCCAGAAUGCGCCAACAUUUACCAGUCGCUCGGCUUGUCCUUGUCGCGUGAUCAGAUUAAAUCCUGCGGAGCCAUGAACAAGGAUCAGUUCGUGCAGAAAGGAAUGGCGAUCGUGUCCGAGAUGCCUGCUGGCGGCGACCUGAAGCGCCUCUUCGAGGCUGUGCAGAACCCUCAAACCAAGACCAUUGGCACAGCUGAGCUGCAGGAGGUGAUGAUGCUCAUGAAGAACCGCAGCCCACAGGAUUUGGCCGAAUUGAUGAACCUCUUGGACCCGGAGAAGAGCGGGAAGAUAACCUACGAGAGAUUUGUCGACGUAUUCUCCAAGUAA